AUGUCCCUCUUUCAAACUGCUUUUGAAACUAGAGUUUUAAAGCAUUCUAUUUAUCUUGGGAAUCAACAAUUCAAAGUCUACUUUUCACUGGGCAUGACGAUCCUAAAAUGUGUCUUUGGGUUCUGGUUGCUCUGUCAGUCUGUGAAAGCACAUGAGAGACACAUUCUCCAACAGCUUGCCUCUUCACGCUAUCUCUUGGUAUCCCCAAUUAUUACAAAUGUGUUCAUUUUUCAUGUCCUUGCAACUUUGCUCCCCAAAACCAAAAUACUUUUAAGGACCAAAUGCACUACACCUGAUAUGUAUAGAGUGCUGGAUGGAACUUCAACUGCUUAA